ACUCCAUCAUUUGAUACACUCGCCAUCAUGCACAAGCUUCUGUGGUUCGUUGUUGUCAUCGCUCUACUCUUCAUCCAUGUUGAAGCUGGUGGUGAUGCAGACAACAGUGCUGAACAGGCACCGCUUGAUAAUGAGCCUGAGCCUAAAGAUCAUAAACUAAAUGAUAAAGAUGGUGAUGGCGAUGCAAACGAGGAAAAUAAUAUCGAGCAACAUGAACAGGAUGUUGAACAACCCAAACAGAAAAAUGACGAUGUGGAAGAACACCCGCAGCAGCCUGCUAGUAAUGAGGAAGAGCAACAUGAAGAAACUUAUGAUGUACAGAAUAAUCAACGUGAAUAUAAACCGCCUAUAAAUACAAAUAGGGGCUUAGAUUUCGAACCAAUGAAGCCAGACGUUAUAAAAUCGAGAGGUCUAAAAUGCGUUCCCGGCCGCACCGUUGUACGCAUGGAGCGAAAGCAACAAAUGAACCAAGAUGAUAGUGAUGAAUUAGAUGAUGAAAGUUAUAGAAGAACCCACAUGAAUUGGCAAGAAGACAAGACGAAAGAAGACUGCAAGAUAUGUACUUGUUCGAUUGAAGGAAAAGAUGAAUACUGUUCCGGAAGACCAGCAAGGAAUCUAAAUGAGUGUCUGGUGAUGGCAAAGUUAAGUGAUGAGCUGAACAGUCAUAUGCCAUUCAGUCAUGAGAGGGAGCUGUCAAAUAUGAUAAGGAGGCAUAGUGCUCAAAAGGGACGAAGAGGACCAUCUUGUAUCCCAUAUGUCUCUGAAUAUUCCGACUGCAGUGAUUACACCACAUGCCGCGGUUGCAAUCAAUGCCGAUGCAGCGCGGAAGGCGAGUGGGUAUGUGUUAAGAAGAAAAAUACGUGCUCUGAUGAUAACGAAUUGGAAAUUUUUGACGAUGGUACUGAAGACAAUCUCGUUGGAAAUAUAUUACAAGAUUUGGCGGAGCAGGAGAAAAACGAGAGGUCAAAGAUACACCCAACGCAUCUUGCACCUAUGCCAGAAAAGAGGCAGAGGCCAACACCACCAGCGCCAGUUUUAGGUUAUCUCAUUGCUGUUCUUCAAUAAAAACACCGUGUGUUGCACAUUUUUAAUAAAUGCACAUUGCACUUUA